CAACAAAUAUGUUGGCUAAAUAACGUGAGGAGCCCAGUGAAUCCUCCGAAUCUUUUAAUUUUGUACCGCCAUGUUGCAACCCCUGCGCUAAAAAACAAUUAAAAUACGUUAGAAUCGUGAGACAAUGAUUUUAUCGUAAAAUUGCUCUCUCCAUAUCGGUCUGUCCCAACACGUACUUAUUCUACUAUUCAGCAGUGGUUCUGAGACGCGUAUGAUGUGCCACUGAGGAGUGUUAAGUGCUCGCUAAUGAGUGAGGAGGGAAAAUUAUGUUUAUCUUUAAAAUAAUUUAACGUGACAACUCCCCAUUGAUGAGGUGACGGGGGAAAUGAGUAGUUAACUGGGAGAUAUUUAAUCACUGAGUUGAGUCUGUUACUUGGGGUGUCUUAGUCACAUAUCUGGGGGGUGGACUUUGAAAAGUGGAACAAAAUUUUACUGUUGGCGGUGGGAUUAGUGUCAGCGAAUGCGCGUUAUCGUGAAAUUUAUGUAUCACCACGAACUCUCGUGAAAAGCAUCCUCACUUGUUACAAUAGAUUAUCUACUCGAUUUAACAUAAUAGGACGAAGUGACGAGGAGUGUCAACUGAUAAAAUUCGAGUGAACAUUCAUCUAAUUUUGAAGUUUGUAUGCUCCAAGAAUAUCAGCAUUAACACCGACACAUGAUAUGCUGAAAUUUCACCAACGAUUUGACAGAAUCGACAUGAGUUGAACAUUGGUCAUGGAGCUGCGAAUAUUAUCAACAAUUCUGGCCGUAUUUGUGGUGAACGUUGUUCAUACUGGAAUAGCUACUGUUGCCGCAGGAUCGAAACCCUUUCCAGGACUAGAAAAUCUACCAAAAUCAUUCUGGCACGAGUUGAGUUCACCUUUCACCGAGGCUUACGGAGAAGAGACUUCUGCGACGGAAAAUCAUGCGACGUUGGAACCGCGACCCUUUUUCGAGGAUCCUGAUAGUAAUAUUACGGUACAACUGGGUGCGCAGGUGUAUCUCCAUUGCAGAGUUGAAAAUUUGCAGAAACGAACGAUUUCAUGGGUGCGACGACGCGGAAACGAGCUUCACUUAUUGACCGUCGGUAUUCACACGUAUUCCAGUGAUUCACGUUUUUCAUUGAAUUAUCAAUUGCCAAAUGAUUGGCGAUUGCUGCUGCGAUCGGCCACUGAACGCGAUGCCGGUAUUUACGAAUGUCAAGUCAGCGUUCACCCACCAUUGACUAGGACUGUGCAUUUGAUAGUCUCCGUACCGCGCGUCGAAAUAGUUGAUGAGCACGGCGCAACUGCAUCUGAAAAAUUUUAUAAAGCGGGAAGUACAAUAGAACUGAAGUGUGUAGUGAGUAAAGUACCUCAUCCGAGUGGUUACGUCACUUGGAGGCAUGGAGCAAGAAUGCUCAAUUACGACACUAUUCGAGGUGGAAUCAGCGUUAAAACUGACAUGGGCUCUGAGGGAGCAACAUCGCGGCUGUACAUUGCAAAUGCCAACAAGAAAGACAGCGGAAACUACAGCUGUGCUUUGGCUGAUGUCGCCGCUACUAUCGUUUCCGUCCACGUAUUGAAUGGAGAAAAUCCAGCUGCAAUGCAACAUGGCGAUAGCUCCAAUCCCAACUCCACCGUCGUGGGAGUAAUUCUAUUAACAUUGUUAACACUUUUGAGAUGACCUUGAAGUGUCAUUCGUCCAUCGAGCAUGGCUAUAGGUGCUGAAUUUCCAUAUUUCUCGAAAACCGACGAUGAGCCGAGUGAGAAUUCAUGGAGACGCACUGCGGAAAUCCACGCAUUUAUCGUAAAAUUGUGAUUUGUAAGUGUUGAUUCAGGAUAAUUGGAGAAAAUCAUCGGUAUACCUUAUUUGCGUAGUCCGUGUAUAGAUCCAAGUGAAAAUGCGAUCUAUGUACAUGUGGUACAUGAUUGAAAAUAUAUAGAGAUAAGACAUCAUAAUUCACUGUACAUAGAAAUCAGUAAGUGACAUGCAGUAAUAACGCUAGAGUAGAAUAAUUAUAAGAAUGAGAAUGAUGUGCAAAAUGAUAUCAAAAUAAACUCGUGAUAACGCUCAUAAAUAUCAGCGUUCAGCAGAUGAAAUAUACUGU